AUGGCCACGACUUCCAGGCCUUCGUCACCCACACAGGACCUCUGGUCCUCCAUCCUUGACUCGGUUUCAAAGUCGAGGUCCACGCCUUCGAAACAAAUUUUGAUCUUGGGCGAGCCGCGGACAGGGAAAUCGACGCUCGCCUCCGCUUUACUGCAGAAACCGCUCGAUCUUGAUCGUCCGAAAGAUGAUUUUGCUCUCGGAUUCGACUGGGCGGAUGUACGAGAUGAUACGGAUGAAGAUACGCUAGCGAGGAUCUCGAUCUAUACUGUUCAAUCGUCAAAUCCAGUGCACACUAGCUUGAUUCCGCAGUCCCUACCGCCAAAAAGUGCAUUAGGCAACACGUUGGCGAUGAUUGUACUCGACUGGACGAAACCAUGGACAUUCGUUGAACAGUUGGAGUUUUGGCUUCGAUGGAUAGAAAGGUGGGCGCAAGGAGAUGGUAGCCGUGAACUGGAGGUAGUUCGAGAAGAAGGAAAAGAGAAACUACUAUAUCAUUUGCAGCAUUACACAGAGCCCACCGACGAGCCUCUGCCUAUGACUACUGCUACAUUGGCAUCCUCAGCGUUACCUCUCCCAGCUGGAACUUUUACGAACAACGUCGCUGGUAUACCAAUUAUUGUCGUCUGUACCAAAGCCGAUAUGAUCGACGACAAUAGCGAGAUUGCAGGUGCUGGCGCUGGCGGUAUGGGAGGCAUGGUCAAAAGUAAAGGUGGCGAGUGGGAGGAGAGAACGGAUGGAGUGAUGCAAGUACUCCGUACGAUCUGUCUCAAAUACGGUGCUGCCCUCUUCUAUUCCACCCAGGUUCCUACUACAAUGGCGGUCCUGCGGCAGUACGCCCUCCACUACCUCUUCCUUCCGUCGCCGCCCCAGCCUGUCAUCGGAUCUACAGAUGCCCCAGCGCCAGUCCGCAAUCUUUUCAAGUUCAACCACCCCGCGAACGCCCUUGACCGAGACCGUAUAGUGAUACCGGCGGGGUGGGAUAGCUGGGGAAAGAUCAAGAUCCUCCGGGACGAUUUCGAGCCCAGUCGGUGGGCCGAUGCCUGGGAAAAGGACAUGGACUCCUUUGCACCUACCCGUACCGUCAAUGGAACCGCUCCCACCCUCGGUGAAUCACUUUUAACACCCCCUAUCUCUGGCGGUGCUCGAGCAAAUUUCAAGGUGCUGGUAGGCUCGGAUAGAGGACCAGCGGCGCAGUCACUUCCUCCCAUCAUAAAACCUGUUCCCGAACAGGUGUUCCUCCAGCAACACUACGAAACACUUGCAAAGGACCCUGCAAGAGAUCCCAGGGCGUCCUUUAGGCAGCCCGCUGUGGCGGUCGAUGGGGCCUCGAUCAGUAGCUCUGCGAGUGGUGCCGGAGGAGUUGGUGUCGGCGUGGUCGGUCCUCUCGGUAGCAGUUCAUUCAGCCUACCGAGCGUGGAAAAGGCUUUGGUGGACAUGGAAGGUGGGCCAGAGUUGGAUAGAAGUACGAGGCUGGCGGACCGAGAUCGCCUCGCAGCGAGGACGAAUACGAGUGGUGCUGCAGCAAGACGAGAAGCAAGAGGCGGCGCUCCUCUUCAACCGCUGGGGAUCUCGCAGCAGGUACCACGAAGUGGUGUAUCCCCCACAACUGGAGGAAGUCCGGCACUUCCACAGUCUCAGCAUGAGCAACUCCAAAACUUCUUUAAUAGCUUGCUUUCAUCAAGGACUGGGAGAGGAAGUGGAAGUGGAUCUGCGAAUGCCCCUUCGGCUCCACGAAAUCCAAAUCCACCUGCAGACUCAUCCUAG